AUGUUCAUGCGGAACGGAUGGGUCUCGGAUGCCCCAUUCACGCUCAACGGAACGAACAUAUCCGAAUGCACCAGCUGCGUUUAUCCGGGUCGGGAAUUGAACAUGAUGAACGACCUGACCCCCGAGCUGGGCAUGAGGAGACGAGCGGCUUGGGGAGCGUACAAGAUCAUCGAGGAUAUAGUGAAGGAGACCAAGAACACCCGGCUCCGUGCUCACCUCUUCAACACCACCGUACUUCCUUCUUUGACUUCUGCUUCGGAAACCUGGGCAUUUCGCAAGCAGGAAGAAAACGCGGUGAGCGUCAUUGAACGCACAAUUGAGAGAGUGAUGCUAAGAGUAUCCCUUUUCACGCAAGUGAGGGACGGGAUUCGAAGUUCUCUCCUACGUCAGCGAUCGAAGAUUAGAGACGCCGCCGCGUUUGCCAAGGAAAUUAAAAUAAGGUGGGCCGGACACGUGAUGCGCUUUAAUGACAACCGUUGGACCAGAGCCGUUAGUGACUGGGUUCCCCGCGAUAUUAAGCACACUACAGGAAGACCGCCGCUGAUGGUCAGAUUUCUUCACGAAUUCCUUCAAAAAAAGUAUGAUGCUCUUCGUGUCCCACGCGAAAGGAGGAACCACUGGGUUACUCUGGCACGCGAUCGGGACAAAUGGAAGAAUUACUGGCUCCUGCUCGACCAGUUCGAAGAUCAACGGGAGUCAAGGUGA